GGCGACAAAGUCCGCGACGCACGCAACGCCUUCUCUGUCUCGCGCGCAGUGCGGAGAAAGCCGAAAGCGGUAUGGAGUCGUUGGCGUCUGAGCUGUACGGAGUUCAGGCUCUGCGCUUCGGGGAGUUUGUCCUGAAGAGCGGCCUGGUCUCCCCGGUCUAUAUCGACCUUCGCGUCAUCGUGUCGUAUCCGGCGCUGCUAAAUAAGGUAGCAGAUCUCCUUUUCUGUUCUGCGAAGGAUGCCACACUCAAGUAUGAUUCCGUCUGUGGAGUUCCAUACACAGCUUUGCCCUUGGCAACAAUAAUCUGCUCAACCAACAAGAUUCCAAUGCUUAUACGGAGAAAAGAAGCCAAAGAUCAUGGAACCAAACGCCUUGUGGAGGGCACAAUUAAUUCAGGAGAGACUUGUCUGAUCAUUGAGGACGUAGUAACCAGCGGUUCAAGUGUCUUGGAAACGGCAGAGGUCCUUUGGAAAGAGGGACUUAAGGUUACCGAUGCCAUUGUGCUGUUGGACAGAGAACAAGGAGGGAAAGCCAUGUUGGAAAAACAUGGAAUUAGGCUGCACUCCGUGUGCAGCUUGUCUCAAAUUCUCAAAAUCCUUGAACAGCAGGAAAAAAUUACCUCUGAAAUGGUGGUAAGAGUGGAAAAAUUCAUUCAAGACAAUAUUUUUAAACCGUCUGAGCAAAAUGGUACCGCUCCUGUGAAAAGGGUAUGCAGAGAAAUAAGUUACGCUUCUCGGGCUGAGCUACCAGGCACUCAUCCUCUGGCUGCUCGACUUCUCAGGCUCAUGGAGAAAAAACAGUCUAAUUUGUGCCUUUCUGCUGAUGUGAACAGUUCCAAAGAAUUGCUCCAACUGGCUGACACUCUGGGACCAUCCAUCUGCAUUUUAAAAACUCACAUUGAUAUUCUGGAUGAUUUUACUCAGGAAGUAGUGAAAGAACUGAGUGUGCUUGCUGCUCGGCAUGAAUUCUUGAUUUUUGAAGACCGAAAAUUUGCAGACAUUGGAAAUACAGUGAAACAUCAGUACAAAGGUAAAUUUGACUUCCCCAACUACACUGUAACCUCUCCAGGGCUUUUCCACUUGUUGGGAUAUUUUGAAUUUCAAACAAUUGCUAUGUAUUAGAUUGAGCACUAAUUUGUUUUUUAUUUUCAAACCUCCUGAAC